CUCGACUGUCCAUAAUAGAUUAGUUUAUUCUCUUUGACAACAACUAUUAACGAUAUUAGUAGCAUGAAUUCUUCGUGUCAUAAAUAAAACAAGAAGCAAGGAUUAAAUCAAAAAAUUGAAUCGGUUGAACUCGAGUCACAAUUCAUUGCAAUGGGCGACUUCAACUCACCCCUGCGAUAUAUUUCACCAAACUCCAGAAUUUUGACAUCAAGACCACAGGUUCAGCAAACUCUCAACCUGCGUCAAACCCAAAUAAAAGCCAAAUCAAGCAUCACAUGGUUUUUCAUCAACGGAUUAUUGCUUGGAGUUCUCGUAUUUGACAUUGUUUAUGGAGGAGCAGGAUACAAACCAUUUUUGUGGUUUGAGUGGAUUCUAACUGUGAUUUUCGGAUUGAAUGCUCUGUAUCAUAUCAUCUCCUACUGUUACGCAACAUUGAAUCUCCAGCCAAUUGUUCUGAGUCCGCGUCAGAAGACGCUGCUGGGUAUAAACAAGGGUGAUCCGUUGUUUCAGACUGGGAGUGCUACUCCAAAAACACCUGAACCAGAUUCUCCUAACAGUUUACCAUCUCUGAACCUCAGUCGACGAUCGUUGGGCUCGCCAGGGCUCAACGAGAGCAAAACUUACGCAGCUAGUCCUUUUUCCAAGUAUAAGGGCCCAUCGUCCCCAAGAACGUUGAAUACUAGUUCCAAUACGUCAUUUAAUAAAUCUUUGAAUGCUUCCAUCAAUGGUAGUUUUACUGGCGAAGGUAUGAUUCAAGAUGAAACAGAUUUGGAAAAUUAUUUAAAAGAUAUCUCUGAGCGAGAGAGGAAAACCACUCUCUCUACUAAUGUGGAUCAGCCUUCGAACCUUUUGAGCAGUUUCUGGUCACAUCCUGCAACAAGAAAUCCUGGGGAAGUGUCACCAAUGCUGAGGAGAUGUGCUUAUCAAUUAGCUCCAACAGUUGAUAAAACAACAUCUACGAGUCCUGGUGCUGAAGAGGGUAUAUCACCACGAGGAUUUUUCGGUACCCCUGACAUCUGGAGAAAGUACAGAAUUGAUCCUAACAGGGUUAAUCAAUGGACUGCGAAUCUAAGAAUGUGGAUCAGCAAAACUGUUGUUGAACGCAUAUCAAUGGAAAUUGACAACGUGUGUUCAGCGCUCGUUCGUCAUGGCUUGACAGACUCUCAACCUGGUUACGUAGGCCUUGACAGACUUAGAAAGCUCGCUCAAUCUCAAUCCUUCGCAAUUCCCACUCUUCCAACACUGGUUCAAUUUCUAGAAUUAUCUAAUAAUCAAGAUUAUUUGGUGAAGAGAAUAAAACUGUUGGCGAAGGGUGGAUCCAUGAGUGAAUUUAAAUGGAAUAGUGGAGGAUCGCAUAAUGGGAAACCGUGGGAUCCUAGCUUACCGACAGAUGCAGCCAUUGUGAUGCAUCUAGUGUCGUCGUAUAUGGACACGCAAUUAGAGGCGCCCUUGGAUCAACCGGACGCUCGCCCCUUCACAUCCAGAUACACGGGAAAAAGUGGGAUAGAGUUGCCAAGAAGUAAAGGCCCAAUCAUUGUUUGUCAAUCAACAGAUCCGCCACGUUAUUGUCUGGCUCUCAGUGGCAUCUCUUCACCUGUUGAAUAUGAAGAAAUUCCAAGGGGACGAAACAACCUGUUCCACACUCUCUUGCUAUUCCUAUACAACAUAAAAAAUCGAGAGUAUGGAAUGCUUGGACGAGUCAACCUAGGAAAAUCAGGAGUAAAUGUUCUCUGGGUCAUCGACAGCUAAGAAUCACUACCUUUCAUACAUGCUUCAUCCACAUUACCUGUGUUAUAUACAUCAAUUCACAAAUUUAUAAUUAUUUUUGUAUCAAAACUAAUUGUUUCCAUAAAGAGCUGGAUUGAAUUUUCUCCCAUA